AUGCAAGAAAUUGAAGCCAAAAACCAAUUGAAAGCAAGUGAAGGAGCCCACUUCUUUUACACUCUCAUCUUCCUGAGCGCUUCAGGCAUUAUCGAGACACAGUUUAUUGAUCAGAAAUGCAAUUAGAAUCUCGCCUUGUUUAUACAUUUGGUUUUCUAUGGAUUGAUUAUUUGGGGAACCUAUAUUCUGAUCACCUUAAUACCAAGGUUCAUUAAUCUACUUAAAUAGGUACAAAAAUCCUGCGAUCAACUUGUUCUUUAAUUUCUUGGAUAUCUGCUUUGCAAUUUACAUAUCCUUUUUGCUAAUCUAUGGAUAUAAACUAUAUUCGACUUAAAAUGAUUGUGCAGUUGAGGCUCCUGCACUCUACUUCUUUUUGGAGGUGUUUAUGCUGGUAUGAAAUCAUUAUGAAUCAGGUUAAUGGGAUCAUUUUCAUCAUUUUGGGUCUUGCCUUUAUCUCAUACAUUUUGAAGAGAUUCUCAAAACAUCAAUAGUCACAAGCUCAAGGGGAUGAGGAAUACUUGGAAGCAUGA